CCUGGGCUGCAGAGCAGCGGUGGGAGGGGAGGAGGGACCAGAGGGCGAUUGAGUAAAGUUCCCUCUUCCAUUUCCUCCCUCCCUGCAACCUGCCACUCGCCUCAGCUCAAGGUCUGAUACUCACAUUUGCCUUUGUCUCCCUGCUGUUUGCCUUGGCCUGACUUUCCUUUGCCCCAGGCACUGUCCUCUGCCACGGGCCCAGGGACAUGCAAGCCAUCAAGUGUGUCGUGGUGGGAGAUGGAGCUGUGGGGAAAACCUGCCUCCUUAUCAGCUACACCACCAAUGCCUUCCCAGGAGAAUACAUCCCUACUGUGUUUGAUAACUAUUCCGCCAAUGUGAUGGUUGACAGCAAGCCUGUAAAUCUGGGACUAUGGGAUACUGCCGGACAAGAGGAUUAUGACAGGCUGAGGCCUCUUUCUUACCCACAGACGGACGUUUUCCUGAUCUGCUUUUCCCUUGUCAGCCCAGCAUCUUAUGAAAACGUCCGUGCUAAGUGGUUUCCUGAGGUGCGGCACCACUGCCCUAGCACUCCCAUCAUACUUGUGGGCACAAAGCUGGAUCUUCGUGAUGACAAGGACACCAUUGAGAAGCUGAAGGAGAAGAAGCUAUCCCCCAUUACGUAUCCUCAGGGUCUUGCCCUGGCCAAGGAAAUCGACUCCGUGAAAUACCUCGAAUGCUCGGCAUUGACGCAGCGCGGCCUCAAGACGGUGUUUGAUGAGGCCAUCCGAGCAGUCCUCUGUCCACAGCCCACUCGGACAAAGAAACGAGCAUGCAGCCUCCUCUAGGAGAACCACGGCCCCGUCCUGAUGCCAGGCUGUGCCCGACAUGCAGGAAAGCGAUGACUCCACCAUCCCGGAGCUCAGUACCUUCCAGCAGUCACUGCGCUUCUCACUUCUGCUGGCUUGAAAGACUGUCGUGGGUCUGUAGCACUGGUUUGACCGUUUGCACAACUGCCCCACACCCCGGCUGCCCCUUCCCUUCCUCAUUACCCCCCCCUUGAAGUCACAACGUAGUGAGUAGGACAUAAUAAAAAGACCGUACAUCC